AUAUCGCCUCGCGGACGAGCUGGACAAACACACAAGCAACAUUCGACGACGGACAGUGAUGCGAAGAUGUCGAGCGAAGGAUCGGUGAUGUCGGGCGGGUCCCGCCUGCGGGAGCUCGGCCUCUACCGGACCAUCGACGCCCGCACCGAGGAGUUCCUGCGGCUGUCCAAGCGCCGCCAGCUGCGCCAGGGCUGCGCGUGUGCGGCGCUCUCGGCCGCCGUCACCGUUACCCUCGUCGUAGUUACAAUACUAAUUUAUGAACAUAUAAUUGCUGUAGAAUGGACUACAAUACAAAAUCCAAAAACUGAGGACAUAAAAUACAUGGCCUCCGAGCACCCCAUGGCCGACAGACUCGACCAAAGCUACUUCGGAUUUGAUCAAGACUAUUACGAACGAAUGCCGCUACUAGUCAACGCCCUCCAAGAAAACAGUUAUAUCGACCCUGCCGUUGAAUUUAUUCCGGCGUCAAAAACAGCUAACCAGAUCCACGGAAACGUCAGGCCACCGACCUCCACUGUGGGCAAUUACAGGCAGAACGCCUUUAGAAGAACCAGUCCGAGACCUUUUUUAUUUGAAUACAGAACCUCGACUCCUCUCCCAUACAGCAAGACGUAUGGCUCCAGGAGUUGGGUAGAAAAAUAUCGCAAUGCACAAAGAUUGCAAAACAUCAGACAAAUUAUAAAGUACUUGGAAAAAACUAUUAAUGCUAAGUCUGGGGAUGUGUACUCGUACACGAAGCCGGGCGGCGCGCCGGUCGCGUUCACCGGUGUGUACAUGGAGCACAGCUUGGAUAAUCAAAAUUCUCAUAGAAGCAAAGACUUAAUCACACAAGAUUCGACGAUGGUUGAAAUAAAAAAAUCCAAUCACCAACCUGAUCCUUUGUUCAAUUUCAAACCGGAAAAUCCCGGAGAAGUAAAUCUUCUAGCUGACGCUUUCUUUAGGUUUUCUCCGUGGCAAUUCCAAAAAUCUGUAGAAACUUCUAAUAAAACUCCGAUUGUUAGAAAAAGUUUCAACAGCAAAAGAUAUUACAAUACCAAAAUUCAAAACCAAAACACAACACGAGGUGACAACGCAUCAUCUACUGCCGCCGACUCAUUCAGUGUUAUACUUAAUUUGUUUCCGCUCAGCGCAAAGACAAAGGGAGAGGUGCGUGCUGAAGACGCUACAGCUAAACAACUUUCUAACUUAGACACUCUUUACAUCACUACAUCACGGCCCAUUUUUCAGUUCAAGAGGAAGCCGACUAUCUCUGUUCCGCGCACUUUUGUCCGAAGGAAACCGCGGGUUUUAUACAAGCACAAAGACAUUUAUUCAACUAAUAAAAUAGCAUCUAUGCAAAGCAGGGACGCAAACAAAACCCAACUAGUAGCAGAUGUCGAUCCCAGUAUCAGCAUCGGCACAAAUAUUAUACUUCACGUAAACGUGCAUCCCAAAGAUACACAAAUGAAAAACACACUGCUAAAAGAUUUCAAUAUUGAUCCUGCAACACAAGAUAUGACCCAGCCAACGCCCACGACGACGGCAGUUCCAACAACCAUCACCUUGUCGACCCAUCAAGUCAAUGACUUCCACAUAGGUAGUUCCGGAAUAGUUCCAGAAGCCGAGAGAAGAGCGACAACACUGCCGGGGCCAAAAGUUACUGAAUUGAAUAUUAUGCCGUCCUUGGAUACGAGUGAGACUCAACGGGACCAGUCCACAGUGACACCCUGGACUGGACCUACAGAAGUGCUCAGAUUCAGUCAUGAAGACGCAAAGGUACCUGAGCAAUACGGUAUUCAAUUACAAAAAUAUAAAAUCGAGGAGGCUGCUGCCGCAAAUACCAGAAAGGCUUUUCGCGGGCAAAGUCAGCCUCCCGACGAAGAGAAGGAAAUUAUUAUCAUCAAACUAAAAAAUGAAAAUAUCACGAAAGUUACGACGGACCCGUCCACAACAGAUGUUGGGGAGAGCACGCCGCGCUGGACGUACGUGCCGCUGUUGAACGGACAUUACAGGAGCACGAAGCAGAGCGCGAGCGGCCCCUCCCUGCGGACGCGCUCCCGGGACGACCAGAGCAUCAGGCAACGACCGCCCGGAUAUGUGCCCGUGUAUGUUGAAAUCAAUCGUAACAAGACUACCGCGAUCCACACAAUCUCCAAUGAUGAUGAGUGAUACCCCCAGCCUCUCUUCAGUGCUUAGUACUGUCCCACCGACUGUGCUCUCUCGUCUAUUUACUUUGUUAGAUGCGCCUUAUUUUCAGUGUUCAUAGAAAAUGUGUAUUAUAUAUACCAGGGCUACGCAAUAUAUUAUAUUUAGGGUGCACUUAGUAAAUAAAAUAUCAUUUUUAUUUUAUUUCAAAUACUUAUGUGUCACCCAGUGCGUUUAGAUCAUGGUUGAUUAAUGAUGAAUCAUGUGUA